AUGUCCCUAGUGUCAAGAGGACUUCGAUCAGGUGCUUUAGAUAAUCCCCGAGCAGCACAAGAAAUUUUAAGAUCGAUGGGCCAUGAUAUGUCAAUUAAUGGCAUCCGCAAGUCAUUGAGACGAAAUGGACUUAAAUCUCGUAGAAAAGUAAAGACCAAUUUUGUUAGCAAGACAAACAAGCGGCUUCGAUUGGCGUGGGCUAAAAAGCAUAGGCAUCUUACUAUUGCUGAUUGGCGUCGUUGGGUGUUUUCGGAUGAAACAAGAAUAAAUCUUUGGGGCUCAGAUGGUAAUUCUUUUUACUGGACGAAUGGUGGCCGAAUCAUGCAGUCGUAUCAAGUCAAGUCUCAGUUGCAGGGAAAUGACGGUGGGGUCAUGUUCUGGAGUUAUAUAACAACGGAGGGGCCUGGUUAUGGUACUACCAUUAUUGAAGACGCAAUAAACUCGGGCUUGUAUGUCGAUAUUUUGAAGACAUCAUUGGUCGACACUCUUGAGCACUUUGGGAAGGCACCGUCUGAUGUGCAAUUCCAACAACACUACGGCCCAACUGAUGUUCUCACAGAACAUGGAUGUGCUCUUUUGGGAACAUCGAUGUUCUCAUGA